UUCGUUCACCCACCAAACCACCCUAUGUACUUAUCUAUCACACACACACACACACACGUCUGUUAAUUCUCCACCAUCCAAUUUUAGGGUUCCUCUUUUUAUUUCCAUAGGUUUCUUCUUCAGUUCUUCCCUUUUUCUCAUUUUCUUUUGUUUGCUUCUAAAUUUAGUACUAAAUUCAGGCUUCGAAUCAAUCCCAGGUCUGUUCCAUUUUUAGCCUUUUUCCGAAGUUCCUUUAAUCAACAACAACUACUUGGUUUCCUCUGAUUGUUCUGUUUUUCUAUUUUCAAAAUUAAUUAAUUUAGAUUAUACUAUGUUUCCAGUACUUUGGGGGGAAAUUUAGGGUUUUCUUUAGGGAAAUCGAGAAAGCGAAUUCUGAAUUAUACUAAUAGUAUGGGUUUUGACUGAAUUUAAUGGAGUGAUUUUUUUUAAGUGUUAUAGUUACUGAAUUGGAUAUAAUGUUUGUAACUAUGGCAAUCUGUAAGUGUUCAAGAUUGAGCACUUACUUCUCGUAUCCAUUUGUUCCAGUUCCUUUUCUUGCAUACAGUUCGACAAUGUCCAGUUUGGAGGAACCACUGUGUCUCGACAGAUAUCCAGACAUGAGAGGACUGGACAGGGUCCGGAGGUUCUCUUCUAGUGCUUGCAGGCCUAGGUCUGGUGAAACAAGUAUUGAGGAUAGUUGGGUUGACGAUAGAACUUGCAGCUCAUCCAACAGUUGCAUUGGAGAAUACACAAAACAGAUCUUCUCAUGUCGAGGACAGACAACAGAUACUUUCUGGGAAGAUUCCUUAAGCAAAAGAACUAAAAGCCUCGGCAGGAACCGCACCAUUUGUGAUUUUUGGUUUUCUCCAGAACGUCAGUAUAACUCUCAGUGCUCCUACAAGGAUGGAAGUGACGAAAAGAAUAAGUUUUUGAGAGGUAUACCAAAGUUUGUAAAGAUCGUGGAAGUUGGUCCAAGGGACGGAUUGCAAAAUGAGAAGAAUGUUGUACCUACAUCUGUUAAGAUCGAGCUGAUACAAAGGCUAGUUUCUUCUGGAUUGCCUGUUAUCGAACCAACAAGUUUUGUCUCCCCAAAAUGGGUACCCCAGCUAGCAGAUGCAAAGGAUGUAAUGGAAGCAAUUGGAGCUAUUGAGGGGGUUAGAUUUCCUGUGUUGACUCCGAACCUGAAGGGUUUUGGAGCCGCUGUUGAAGCUGGAGCUAAAGAAGUGGCAAUCUUCGCAUCGGCAUCUGAAUCAUUUUCCAAGUCAAAUAUUAAUUGCACUAUCGAAGAUAGUCUUGCUCGUUAUCGGGAUGUUGCUCGUGCUGCUGGAAAGCUUUCAAUUCCUGUUCGCGGGUAUAUCUCCUGUGUUGUGGGCUGUCCAGUGGAGGGACCAGUAGCUCCAUCAAAGGUUGCAUAUGUGGCAAGAGAGCUUUAUGGUAUGGGUUGCUCCGAGAUAUCCCUUGGUGAUACAAUUGGAGUUGGUACACCAGGGACUGUUGUUCCAAUGCUCGAGGCUGUAAUGGCAGUUGUUCCCUUGGAGAAGCUUGCUGUCCAUUUCCAUGACACUUACGGCCAGGCUCUUUCAAAUAUCUUGCUUUCUCUCCAAAUGGGGAUUAGCACUGUGGAUUCGUCUGUGUCCGGUCUAGGAGGUUGUCCAUAUGCCAAAGGUGCUUCUGGAAAUGUUGCAACUGAGGAUGUGGUCUACAUGCUGAAUGGGCUAGGAGUGAAGACUAAUGUGGAUCUCGGCAAGCUUAUGUCAGCCGGGGAAUUCAUCUGCAAGCAUCUUGCCAGUCCAUCUGGAUCCAAGACUGCAGUUGCUCUGAGCAGAAUUACAGCAGACGCUUCUAAAAUAUGAGAAACAAAAACGUAAAGUAAAUCAAAAUUAGAUAUAUACAUGUAACUAUAAUAUUAAAAAAUGGGAUAGUUCAGAUGGUAUAUGUAUGUAUAAAGCUCUGAUAAUACGGGUAUAGACAUAGUCGUUUGAUUCCAUGGAGGAACAGAAUGAAAAUAAAAUGGAGUUCAUAUAGUAUAGAGAUUUAAGUUAAGAGAGAUCUCUACUGCAGUGUCACUCCACUACGAUAAAUUAUAGGGGUUGAGAACUUGAGUAUCCUUCUAUGUAGGACCACCUAGUUUCCCAUACCUUACCCUUCGAGGAAGGUUCAGAGAGGUCGAGAGUUCGACCCUGAACCCAUUCAUAGAAGGGAAUUAUGUAAUAGAUUUUUUUGAUGCAAAGAAUUAUGUAAUAGAUCUUAAGGCACUCUUGUAAUUUGAACUAUCAAAAUAAAUAUCCUACAAUUGAAGAUCCGUUCUCCUU